CCACUUUUACAAAUGCCACUAGCGUAUUUUCCCGAUUUGAUUCCGUUUGACCUCCUCUCACUUCCCUCAAUCACUCUGAUGACUCUCCAGCCAAAAGGGUGGAUCGUCAUCUGAUUGCCAACAUCCAACAGCAUUCCAGCACCCAUCAUGUCCAUGCUCGCCAGGACAGCGUUGAGAGCGCCUAGACAGCUCGUCGUUAGACAGCAAGUCAGAGGACUCCACUUUGAGAAUGAGCUCGGAAAGACCAUCCCUACCAACACUGACAACAAGGUAUGGACCGCUAUGAAGAUUGCCAUGUUUGCCGCAACCGGUUUCGGCUUGCCAUUCUACGCCGUUCACCACCACUUGAAGAAGGCCGCUGCUGGGACUUAAGAGAUGAUAUCGAGGGAGAUGCGUAGCGGGAGGUGUAAUCCGGGAUGUGAGGGGACAGUGAAGGCAGCGUCGCCCGAGUCGGGAGGGAUCCCGAGCUUCGGGAUAGAAGAGAUGAGGUGUGAACAGGCAAAGGUCUGCCUUGGCUCAUUGACUAGCCAGCAGCUCCAAGCAAACAAUGCAUGAGCAAUAUAUCGUCCA